UCUCUCGGGGUGAGGACUAGGGGCUGAGGGGCGGCAGCGCGUGCGCAACGUCGUCGAGGUCUCAGAGGGGAGCUUGCUUGUCUUGUCUUGUCCCGUCUGAGGCGCCGUUCGUUCCGUGAGUGGUGGUGCGAAGAGCGCUGGGGGCGCCGUGAAAGCCCUUCCCCCCUCCCCCAGUGAGGAGCGAGUCUCCGACUCUGAGGAGGGGCUGGGACCGCGCCCCCAUCUCCUCCCACCCGCCCCGCAGGGGGCUCUGUAGCCAUGGCAAUGACGGGUCCAACACCCUGUUCAUCCAUGAGUAACCACACCAAGGAGCGAGUUACAAUGACAAAAGUGACACUAGAAAACUUCUAUAGCAAUCUCAUAGCACAACAUGAAGAACGGGAAAUGAGACAGAAGAAGCUAGAAAAAGUGAUGGAAGAGGAAGGUUUAAAAGAUGAAGAGAAGAGACUCAGGAGGUCCGCACAUGCCCGAAAGGAAACAGAGUUUCUUCGGUUAAAGAGAACAAGACUUGGUUUGGAAGAUUUUGAGUCCUUAAAAGUAAUAGGCAGAGGAGCAUUUGGAGAGGUGCGGCUUGUCCAGAAGAAGGACACAGGGCAUGUAUAUGCGAUGAAAAUACUACGCAAAGCUGACAUGCUUGAAAAAGAGCAGGUUGGCCAUAUUCGUGCGGAGCGGGACAUUCUAGUGGAAGCAGACAGUUUGUGGGUUGUGAAAAUGUUCUAUAGCUUUCAAGAUAAGUUAAAUCUGUACCUUAUCAUGGAGUUUCUGCCUGGAGGUGAUAUGAUGACACUGUUGAUGAAAAAAGACACCCUAACAGAAGAAGAGACUCAGUUUUAUAUUGCGGAGACUGUGUUAGCCAUUGACUCCAUUCAUCAGCUUGGUUUUAUCCAUCGGGAUAUCAAGCCAGAUAACCUCCUCUUGGAUAGUAAGGGCCAUGUGAAACUCUCUGAUUUUGGUCUCUGCACUGGGCUGAAGAAGGCUCACCGAACGGAGUUCUACAGAAACUUGAACCACAGUCUUCCGAGUGAUUUCACUUUCCAGAACAUGAAUUCCAAAAGGAAAGCAGAAACGUGGAAGAGAAACAGACGUCAGUUGGCCUUUUCCACGGUGGGAACUCCAGAUUACAUCGCUCCUGAAGUCUUCAUGCAGACAGGUUACAACAAGCUUUGUGAUUGGUGGUCACUUGGGGUCAUCAUGUAUGAGAUGUUAAUUGGUUAUCCCCCUUUCUGUUCUGAGACCCCUCAAGAAACCUAUAAGAAAGUAAUGAACUGGAAAGAGACUCUGACCUUCCCCCCAGAAGUUCCAAUCUCUGAGAAAGCAAAGGAUCUUAUUCUGAGAUUUUGCUGUGAAUGGGAGCACAGAAUUGGUGCACCUGGUGUCGAAGAAAUCAAGGGUAACCCCUUCUUUGAAGGGGUUGACUGGGAGCAUAUCAGAGAGAGACCUGCUGCAAUAUCAAUAGAAAUUAAAAGCAUUGAUGACACCUCAAACUUCGAUGAAUUUCCAGAAUCGGAUAUCCUUAAACCAACAGUAGCCACAAGUAACCAUCCAGAGACUGACUACAAGAACAAAGACUGGGUCUUCAUCAAUUACACCUACAAACGAUUUGAGGGGCUGACAGCCCGAGGGGCAAUCCCAUCCUAUAUGAAAGCAGGAAAGUAGUGAACUGUGACCUAAGACUAUUUCUGAACCUUGGAUCUUGUUUCUCUAUACUGGGUUUAUGCCCUUAAAACAACUUACCUGAGGGCUAUGAACUCUUGGAAAAGUUUUUCAGGACACAAUAUAUUACACACCAUUGUUAUUUACUUGGAUUUGUUUCUUCCGCUCCAUUGAAAACUUCCACGAAACUCUAUCACCUCUGAUGCAGGCAGAUAUUUUUUUGCUGCUUCGGGAGCAAGCCUGUCUCUAUUUCCACAUUAAAUUCCUUGCUAGACUGUUCAGUCCAGUAGAGGAGGAGAGAGAGAAGAGCAUCUUUACUUUCUAACAUCACAAAGCAUAUGGUAUUUACAAAAUAUUUCACCAGUCCUGCAAUGAGUGAUCUGCUCAGUCUGCCAGUUCUGCCAGCACUGUUUUCCUAAUGGCUAAGAACUGUAGCGCACAGGAAAUAAAGCAAUAAUUAAAGCUUGAGAUAGACAAAACUGUCCAGUAAAUUAUCUAGUAGAUGAACAAAACUUGUAUUGCCUUAACCGUAGUUUGUAGUGCUAUUUUUUUAUAACUGAGAAGCCUCUUUAAUAGCGUUUUUCAGCUCAAUCAGUAACGUCAAGUUGUGGUGCACUUUACUUUUGGUACUAAGACAAUGACCCUCAAGCCAUUUAAAUAUUUUUCUAAAUUAAAAAAUUGUGUAACACUUUGCUUUUUCUGAGCAGUGACAGGAGAAAACAGGCCACGCAUCCUGGUAGAACUUACUCCAUGGAAGCUAACAGUUUCCAACUGUUGUAUCGAAGAAUCUCCACGUAAACAAAUGGCUAUUGUAGAUUAUUAGUAAACUAGCCAAGAACAGGAGUUGACCGAGAAAAGGAGUGGGUGGGGGUGGGGGAAUAGGAAGGGGAGGGAGGGAAAUCCAUUUAUCCUGAUUGCUGAUGGACCUCCUAUGUAUAAUAGGACAGGACAUGGGGUUUUCUGUUCUUGUUGCUGCCAUCUCUUGGCCGCUUAUAAAAUCUGCCAGCCUUGAUCCGUUUCAGAGAUGAUAGUGCUAACUUGCUAGUGGCACGGGGUAGUGUCAAGCUGGAAGAUAUGGCAAAAAGAUGUGAAAUUCUGCCUAGGGCUCCUCUACAAAUCCUUAUUCACAGUGGCCUUCUCAUCCUCUACUUAGUAUUUCAAAGUUCCUCUCAGUCCCAUGGCUAAGACAUCUGUACCCAGAGUCUUCCAAGGGGGUCUGAAAAUUCUGGUACAUGGGUCCUGCCAUGUCUCUCUUUGACUAAUUAUUGCCUAAUGUAGAUUAUGAAAGUGUAUUCCUUUAUAAAUCAGGAUGCUCUCCAUGAGAGCCCCAAAGUGCCUUCCCUUGCCUGAGCACCUCUAGGAGCUGGAUCAAACUAAUUUGGAGGAUUGUUUCUCAGCUGAGCUCUUGAUAAUUCCUUUCCAUGUGCAAGAACACCACUUAGCUACAAAAUAGGCACAAUCUGUGCAUUCCUAGUGGCACGUGAAACAAACAGAUACACUCCCCCUUGUGGUGCUAGUCUUUAGUGUGUCACUAGAUUUUAAAUUAACAAGAUUUUUAACAAGUGCAUAUCAGUUUGAGCAGUUUAAAUUCCUGCUACAUUAUAUUUUUGGUGCUGAACACUAAAAAUACCUAACAUCUAAAAACGACUGUUUGUUUUUUAAAAGCUAGAUCAGUGUGUCAAGAUGACCUCGUGGCAAUGGUUUGGAUUUAGCCCUAGCUUUCUAGACUAAGAAGGGGAAGAAUCUGAGAUUGUAAUGUAGUAAUUUUUUUUAACGGCUGCAUUAGGGAAUAUUCCAUUAAAUGUCUUUUGGAUUAAAGUGUCACAGAGGAAAUGUUGAAUGAAGGAUUAAUUUGCAUGCAAAUACUGUACAUAACAGGCUGAUUAAGAUUGUGGGUGACAACUUGUUAACGUCCUCUCCCUAAAUGCCAUAGCUAUGAGACUGUCCAGAAACCCUGAAUCUGUGCUGUUGUAUUUCUGUGGAGUAGGAAUUGGUUCAGUGCAUUGUGGUAACAGUUUAAAUGCCAAAUUCUGCCAAUCCUAAAUUCAAGAGCAGUUUUUACUCUGACGACAAUGAUCUUUUGGCCCAUGGGAUUAUUCAUAGGACUACUUACGCAAAGUAAAAUAAAGAUCAGGGUCUUUAUUUGCUAGCCAGCAAAGCAUCCUUUUAUACUACUUAUAGUUUUUUUUAAAUCAAGGACUGAUUAUUACAUUUUAGAUGUGGGUGACAGCAAUUUUACCACAUCUGAAAAUGUUGCAUUAUAAGUCAUUGGAAAGUUAAAAGCUCUUGGUCAUUUUUAACUAUUAAAUUGUUUUACAAUUCUUGCUUUAUUAAAAUGUGAAGAUCAAAACCCUUUUGAAGCUGUUAUAGUUUCGGAGUAAAAGGUUUUGAGACAGCAGCUGCAUUGUUAACCCUUUAAUAAAAGGGACUGGUGUUUUUACAAAUACCAAAGAACAAGGGAGAGAACUAUACAAUUAUAGCUUGUAGGGGUUGGCUGUGAAAGUCUAUGAGCAAUACCUUGUUAAUGGAAAUUUCUAGUGCACAUGUGAUUUCUGAAUGCCUUCUGACCCCACACUCAGAUUGUCCAGUUGGGUGUUGUAUAUUAUCGUCCUUGAGUUAAAAAGUGAAGAUCUUCAAAGGCACAAGUGGCUCUUAAGAACCUAACUUCUGUCAACUUUGAAUGGGAAUUAAGUGCCUUUGAAAAUCUCCCCCUGAAUGUGAAACCUAGCAGUCCUUCCUUCUAAGUGACAAUUUUUCCUUUACAACAGAUGCGUCAUAAGUCUGCCUUUUCCUACAGGUAUUUUUUAUCAACACUAGAAAAACAGUACUGUGUAAUAUUUCCAGGAUCCACACUGUCAGAAUAAGAUUUUUAUACUUUUUUUCUAGAUAUGCUAGCCAAACAUUUUUAGUAAGUUAACAAGUUACCAGCCUUGUGUGUGUGUGUUCUCAUUAGCUGAUAAAUGGAGGUAAUUAGGAAUGGCUUGUGGUUUGCUGUUUAAAGCUGCAAACAGAUGAAGGUAGCAAGGAGUGGAGCUGGUUCUUUCUAGCUAGACCUGCAGGAGAAACUAAUUCCAAUCUUAAACUUCCGAAUGGAUGUGACUGUAAGUUAUGCUGCCAGUUCCUCUCUUCAUAUUAUUAUGCCUAGCACAAAGCUGCACUUGGGUGUCACUUACUAUCACUGUGCCCUGACUCUGCCUUAAACUGUCAGUUGAAAAAGCGUUCUGUAAAUACAUGAUGCUAUUACUAAAUCACAUUGUCACAUUUGGCAGGCUUGUUCUGUCUGAUGUUGGGGUCUCAGCACAGGGAAACCCAACUUAUUUUUAUGGAAUGAUCUUUGUUCUGCUGAGCUGUGUAAAUAAAUCCUCUUCCAUCAAUGUA